CCAGUCUCGGCGGCUGCAGCAUCAGCACCGGCAGCGGCACCUCCGGCGGGGCCAUGAAGGUGAAGAAGGGCGGCAGCGCAGCGGCCAACGGGGCAGCCGGAGCGGGCGCCGCCACCGCCACCGCCGGCCUGUGCAGCGAGGACGAGCUGCUGCGCAAGGCGGCCAUCAGCCCGGAGGACGUGCUGGGGCUGGGCAAGAUCACCUCGGAUUACCUGUGCACCCCGGAGGAGAACGUUUACAAGAUCGAUUUCACCCGGUUUAAGAUCCGGGAUAUGGAAUCCGGCACGGUGCUUUUUGAGAUCACCAAGCCCCCCGCUUCAGAACGUGAGCGCAGCGAAAAGAAGGAGGGCGACCCCAACGCCGGACGGUUUGUGCGGUACCAGUUCACCCCGGCGUUUCUACGGUUGCGGCAGGUGGGAGCCACGGUGGAGUUCACCGUGGGGGAGAAGCCCAUCAGCAACUUCCGCAUGAUCGAGAGGCACUAUUUCCGGGACCAGCUGCUCAAGAGUUUCGACUUCCAGUUUGGCUUCUGCAUCCCCACCAGCAAGAACUCCUGCGAGCACAUCUACGAGUUCCCCCAGCUCUCCGAGGACCUCAUCCAGGAGAUGAUCCUUCACCCCUACGAGACGCAGUCGGACAGUUUCUACUUUGUGGACAACAAGCUGGUGAUGCACAACAAGGCCGACUACUCCUACAGUGGGGGGCCCUGACCCCCCCUUCCCCUCCCGAUGGGGGUCCGGGAGCCUCGACUCGCCGGCCGGCUGCAAGACGGGCAGCCGGAUUGGACUCUGCGUGGAACCGGCCUCUGAGACUGACUAGCUGAAGCUCUCCCUCCCCCAUGAUGCCCCCCCCGGACUUUGGAGGCAGCGCCCCUCAUCCCCUGCCUUGGGGAAGUGGGGGAAACCGUGACCCCACCCUCCGUAGCUGCCAGGCAUUGAGGCGCUCCCAGUAGCUCCUUGUCUCCCUAUUGUUGGGGAAGGGUCUUCCUCGAACCCCCUCUCGUGCUUGGGGGGAUCAUUUUGGUAGAAAUUCUACUCCCCCCUCCCCCACCCAAGAAGAUCAGCAGGAAUCGUGGGAACUCCAGAAUGACACAGCCCCCCCCCCCUCAUUCCCAGCUCCGAAUGUCCAUGGGCAAAGACCCCAGACCCAUUUGUUUUGGUUGCUGUUUUUGGCUCAGUCCUCCAGGGGUGGGGGCAGCCAAAGACUCUAUUGGGAGGGUCUCUCCUGGUGGGCCCCCUUUGCCGUCUCGGUGGGAAAAGGGGAGGGGGCUUCUGCUGUUGCUGCUGCAAAAGGGCUCCUGAAACCAUGUUUGAUGUGGUGGGUGAAUAGAAGACAUGCUUUCUCCAA